UCCACUUGUCUUUACCCUAACCCCGAUACAGGAGAGGUCACCUCUCUUCCUUUGAUUCUCCGAUUUAGGAAAACCAUAAUUUUGAUUCACCUCAAACCCAACUCUUAACCCCUCUCCUCUCUCUCUCUCUUCUCCGAAUUUGUUGUUGAUGGGCAACAGCAGUAGCAGAGGCUCCAAUCCCCCGCCUCCGCACAAUGUAUUCGCGCCUUCCACGCCCUAUCCCCAGUACCCGCCUUUCUACCCUCAUCGAGUGCCGAAUGCCGAUUUGUCCGGUGCCCGGUAUCCGAUGCUUCCGCCUCAACCUGCCGUCGAGCAUCAGAAGGCCGUCACCAUUCGGAACGAUGUCAAUGUCAAGAAGGAGACGCUCAGACUCGAGCCCGAUGAAGCCGAUUCUGGAAAGUUCCUCGUCGCCUUCUCGUUCGACGCCACGGUGGAGGGGAGCUUAACAUUAAUGUUCUGCGCUAAGGUGGGUGAAGAUUGCCACUUGAUUCCAAUGAAAGAAAGCUUGUAUCAGACUAUUACUGUGAAGUUUGAAAAAGGUUUGGCGCAGAAGUUUAAACAACCCUCUGGAACUGGGAUAGACCUAUCAAGUUUUCAAGAGGAAGGACUGCCAAACGACAGUGACUUGGGCGUGUACCCUCUAGCAAUUAAGGCAGAGGCCUCAUCAGGUGGAGACACGGAUAGCAGGUCCACAAACUCCCAGAUCACUCUGGCCGUGUUCGAGGACAGAGAAGAAAAUAAGGUGAAAGUUGUCAAACAAAUAUUAUGGGUGAAUGGCAUGAGGUUUGAAUUGCAGGAGAUAUUCGGGAUUGGAAAUUCACUCGAGCAUGAAUUCGAUGAGAAUGAUCCUGGAAAAGAAUGCGUGGUAUGCCUUUCAGAACCGCGAGACACCACUGUCCUUCCAUGUCGACAUAUGUGCAUGUGCGGGGAGUGUGCGAAAGUUUUGAGGUUUCAAACAAACAGAUGUCCAAUAUGCCGGCAGCCGAUUGAGCGCCUUUUGGAGAUCAAGGUGAACAAUGGGAGUGAUGAAUGAUGAAAAUCCAACUUUCACUGCAUAUAGAAUAUCCGGUGAACCUCCUCUAUUGUUAAGAGAGAGGUCUUGGAUUCCAUCCUAAAUAUUCAGUUUGUUCAGUUGGAUACCAUCGUGAUUUUGUCCACAUUUUGUAAAUUUGAUGUGACUUAUUUCAGUAAACCUCUAUCUUUUGAUUUGUUUUA